UCCAAAAUAUGAAUUUUUGAAAUUUUAAAUUCCAAAUUAAUCCGGAUUCUGCUCAAAAAUCCCAAAUUAAUUGAAAUUUUUUGUUUCACGGAAGAAAAAGCAAUUAAAUAACAAGAAAUCAUCGCUAUCCGUAAAAUCUCAAGUCAAAUUCAAGCAGAUUAAAAUUUCACGAUUACGUGGUAGAUUUUUUUUCGUUUGAUUUAAUCAAAUAAAGGAAAGUCUUUCGGAAGUGCAGCAACAAAUGCUCAAUUUUUCCUGUUUGCUGGUAAUGCGAUGCCAGCAAGACGUCGAGUAGCCGGCUUAGAGUCGGACGACACCUUUACCAUUGUUGUAGACGAUUCGUCGGCGCCAGUUUACGGUCCCGAAGUCAAAAAUCACACAACUCCUCCCGCAAAUUCGUGGACAGGUCACUUUCAGCAAACGGGUCAGCAAUUAUUUCAAACGUUCACGAGUAAAGUUGCCCAAGUUUCAUCGAGUACGACAGCAUUUAUCAAUCCGACAGCGAAAAAUUCCUUCAUUGCGCCGCCAACGGGAGCAUAUCAACCGCCUUUGCCGCCUCAAUCCUCCGUGCCAAUCAAUCAGCCGACAGAAUAUCAACAAAAACCGCGAUUUGAAGAGCCUGACAGCGAUCCCGAGCCAGAAAUUGAAUUCAUCAUGACUGCCAGAGACAGAAGUGGGGAGUUUGGGAAUGCAAUUAGAUCGUUGCAAAGUCGCAAUAUUCAGCGAGCAGUCAAUAUACGGGAUCCAAAAAGGGUCAAACAGAUGCAAAGUUAUGCGGAAUUCAUGAUGAUUGCGAAAACGGUGGGCAAAAAUAUUGCAAGCACGUAUGCCAAGUUGGAAAAAUUAACUUUACUGGCAAAGAAGAAAUCUCUUUUCGAUGACAGACCAACGGAAAUCCAAGAGUUGACGUACAUCAUCAAAGGUGACCUCAACUCGUUAAAUCAGCAAAUUGCUCGUCUGCAAGAAGUUUCCAAGUCGCAACGCAAGCAAACCAGCGGCAAACACUUGCUCUCACACUCUUCCAACAUGGUAGUGGCCUUACAAGCGAAGCUUGCCAACAUGAGUACGGACUUCAAGCAGAUUCUCGAGGUGCGCACGGAAAACUUGAAGCAACAAAAAACGCGACGCGAUCAAUUCAGCCAAGGAGGCAUUGCGAGUGCGCCGCCAACGCGUGCCGGAAACUCACAUCAACCGUCGUUGCUCAUGGAAUCCGAAUACGACGAAGGACAAACGGCGGAAAAUGCACCUCUCAUUCCACGCAGUCAGCAGAUGAUGAUGUACGACGAGAACGACAGUUAUUUGCAGCAACGUGCCGAAACGAUGCAAAACAUCGAGAGCACAAUUGUCGAGCUGGGCGGGAUUUUUCAACAAUUGGCGCAUAUGGUGAAGGAGCAGGAAGAGAUGGUUGAGAGAAUUGACACGAAUAUUCUGGAUGUUGGACUGAAUGUCGAUAUGGCUCACAAUGAAAUCCUCAAAUAUUUCAGGACGGUAUCGAGAAAUCGCUCGUUGAUGAUUAAGAUUUUCGGCGUCCUGAUUUUCUUCUUUAUCUUUUUCAUUAUUUUUAUGCGGUAAUAAAAAUGUAUAUUUAUAGCUGUUGGAUAAAAAUUUAAUAAAAUAUUUACUAUUGGAA